GGGGUAACUCUCAAAGAAAAGCAACACAUUCCUUUUCAGAUCAAAGAAGUUGACGUUAGAUACGGAUGUAAAAUAACAGAAACUUGUUGAAUUGUUUUAAUUAAGAUAAACGGGAACAAUGAGUAACAGACCACCAAGUAGUAGUGGUGCUAGGCCAAUGACUGGUGCACGGGGUCAGUUGGGAACAUCUGCUGGUCGUCCUGCUGGGACAGCUACAAGAUUAACAACUGCCAUGAAUCCAGGAACUGCUCGACCGGGUACAAGGGGAGGAGCAGUAGCAGGAGGUGUGGCUUUAAAUUCACAAGUUAAUGUAGUAGACCGUCCUACAACCCAGCAAGGUCUAGGAGGAAUGAAAACGGCAGCAAGGGGUAGAAGACAAGUUAUGGACAAAACCUAUUUCUUGGGUUUAUUGAGGAGUAAACUCAAUGAUCUUAAUGGAGAAAUAAAUAAUCUUAACAAAGACAUUGAAAAUACCAAUGAUGAAAACUCUAGUUUUCUUACAUAUGACAAAAGAGCUGAAGUUUUGGCUGGAGAAAUAAGAGAUUUACAGGCUGAAUUGGGAGAUUAUAAUAUUCUGGUAGACAAGUUGACAAUUGAUGAAGAUAUUCAAGAUGUGGAAUUUGAUUGUAAUAAUUUGAAAGCUCAAAAUGAUCGGGAUUCUAAGAAAAUAGAAGAAAUGUUUGAAGUAAAAAAACAGAAAGAAGAAUAUAUAGCUCAGUUGGAAAUGGAAAUAGACCAAGAAAAACGUAUGGCUGAUAAUUUGGUUAAUGACAUGGAUCCUAAACUGAGACAGAAAUAUCAGAAACUGAAGACAUUAAAUGAUCACUUGCUGAAACAAACAGAAAUAGGUCAACAAGAACUUGAUCAGCUUAAUUCUAAAAUUGAAACUUUACAAGAGGAUUUGUCCAUGUCUCAAGUGAAACAAGAAGCUGUAAGAUUAUAUGAACAAAUACAUGAGUUGACAUCAAAGAGAGACAGUUUAAUAGAAGAGUCUAAACAACGUGGUUCACCUGCUGAAGAAAGAGAGAAAUUAUUAAAACAAGUUAAAGAAGAUAAUCAGGAAAUUGCUAGUAUGGAGCGACAAAUAAAAGAAAUAAAUGAGAAAAUAGAAAGUUUACAGGAUGACAUUAACCAGUAUGAUAUGGAUAUUGAAGAAAAUCAAGGAGAAAAAAAUCAAAAAUAUAAAGAGUUAAGGAAAAGAGAAGAAACAAUGGAUGAGUUUUUGGAUACUUUCGAAGAUACCAAAGCUCAAGAACUUAAAAGAAUGACUGAACUACAAGGAGCCAUUGUUAACUCUCUAGAACAUGUCAGUAGGAACAUGGGAAGAUUUGGAAGUUUGCCUACACCAGGAGAACUUGCUACAAUGAAGGAUGAUUUGGCUUUUAAAGAAGAUGAGAUGAAGAAAUCAGAAACAACAACUAUUGGAUUGGCUUCAGAGAGAGACAAGCUUGAACAAGACUUAAAGAAAUUGGAUGUAAUGGAAGAGAAAUUGCAUGCCGAGUUGAGUGUUUUAAAAGAAAAAUCAGUCACAAUGCAGAGAGAUAUAGUUAUAUAUUCUGAUUUGGACAAGUUGAAAGAGCAAGCAGAAGAAAAGAAACAGAAAUUACAAGAUGAUCGAGUUAUUCUACAAAAACGUAGAGAAGCCUUCAAAAAGCAUAUUCAACAGAUGACUGCUAAAUAUGAAGGAUUGAAAUCUCAGUUAAAUGAUAACGAAACAUAUACACAAUUGGCUAAUUUGGAGAGAAAAUGGCAGCACCAUGAACAGAACAACUUUUCAAUGAAAGAAUUCAUUGCAACUCGUACUAUGGAAUGUGAUUACAGACCACUGAGUAAACAAUUUUAUUCUAUGAUGGAUGAGUACAAUCAAAUAUUACAAGACAAAUUAGCAGGAAAGAAAGGCAUGUGAAGCAAUAGUAAAUAUCAUGUACAUAAAUCAACAUUCCAUCCUUAAAUUAUAUUGUAGUCUUAACUUAAUUGCUUGUUUAAGAUCAUUAAAAAUUUAAAACAUAUAAAUUAUUUUUUGCUCAAGACUGUAGUUUAGUAUGUCGAGAGGUGAAGGAAAAUAACAGCCAUUUUUCUGCUUAAAAUAUCCCGAGGGUGAUCGAUAGUUUGACCUGAAUUAAAAUCUGUAAUCAAUAUUUUAAAAACAUUAUUUUGGAUGCACUCCCACCCAAAAAAAGGGUUCGGUUUCCUGUAACGAAUGGAAAAUAGUGUAGUGUCGGUAGGUAGGUUUUUUUGUUUUUUUUCUCUUUUUUUUAAUGCUACAUUGUUAGAUCUAGUAGUAGAUCUACCGUAGCAACUAGCAUAAUAUUCUGUGCGAAAUAAAUCUUCAAUUUUAUGUUAGGUUGAGUCGGCGCUGAGGAACAUGAAGCACGAAUAGAUAGGUGGAUGGAAUUCUUGGAUAAUUGUUUAAA